CACUGACAGUGGGAGUUCAGUGCACAGCAUUUAGGGCAGUAGCACAAAAAGUUUGAUGUUAUAAGCUAAGUAGGCGAAUUCGCGAAAAGGCCACUCAGAGUCGUUCACGAUAGCUAACUAGAGUUAGCUAAAAAAAAACGGAGAGCAUGAUAAAUAAAUUGCUGCUAAAAGUUACCAAUGGUUGGACUCUAAAACUUGCUAGCCACCCCCGGCUUGAGUAGCGUUAAAAAAAAGUCAAGUGGCUACAGCUAACGCGAAGCUAGGCAAACAUUACUUGGCUAACCGGAUCCGUUGACAAAGGUCGACAUAUCACGCUGCUUUCCCGACGUUAAAAUGACGGUUGUGAACUAGCGGUGCUGUCAAAGAAAUCAGUGGGUACAGCUGACAACCAUAGCUGUGUCUUUAGUUUGUGAGCCAGCUGCACUGGAGGGCAAGAUCAUGUUAGCUAGCUAGAGCGGGCGGUGUUAGCUUUAGCAAAACAAGAGCUCUUCUUUGGGAGUCAGCUGACAACCUGCUGUAAGCUGCCAACAGACCAGUGAUGGAUCAACUGAAAGUAAAGGAUCGCAUAUUGGAAAACAUCUCCCUGUCUGUCAAGAAGUUGCAGAGUUACUUUGCGGCCUGUGAAGAUGAGACUCCAGCUAUCCGGAAUCACGACCGGGUCCUGCAGCGGCUCUGUGAACACCUUGACCAUGCUCUCCUGUAUGGGCUUCAGGACAUCUCCUCAGGCUACUGGGUUCUCGUCCUUCACUUCACCAGGAGAGAGGCUGUCCGUCAGAUAGAUGAACUUCAGCACAUAGCAACCAACCUUGGACGAAGUCGAGCAUGGUUAUACCUGGCACUGAGUGAGAGCUCUUUAGAGAGCUACCUGCGUCUCUUCCAGGAGAACCAAGGAUUACUGCAGAAGUAUUAUUUCAAGAACGCUCUGGUCUGCAGUCAUGACCAUCUCACACUCUUCCUCACGCUGGUGUCUGGCCUGGAGUUCAUUCGCUUUGAUCUGGAGCUGGAUGUCCCCUACCUGGAUGUGGCCCCCUACAUGCCAGAAUACUACAAACCCCAGAACCUGCUGGACUUUGAGGAAAGGCUUCCCAGUUCAGACAGCUUGUCCCUGCACUCCUUUACUUCCCUCACCUCCACCAACUUGGAGUGGGAUGACAGUGCCAUAGCCCCCUCCAGUGAAGAUUAUGAUUUCGGUGACAUCUUCCCUGUGUUGCAGUCAUUGCCAAGUGCAGACUGGGAAGAGGGUGACCUGACCGACCAGGCCAGCUGCCCACGAUCCAGUGGCUCUGAUCCACAAACGGUCAUUAGCGACACAGUAGUCCUUCCUGUUGGCACAGUUAAGGUGAAGGUAGCAGCUCAUCCUUCUCCACACAGCCCCACAUCCAGACACAACCCCUUCAACGAGGACUCAGACACCAACACCACCAACACCUCAGCCGAUGUCACGCCAGUUCACGUGGCCAGUCGCUACAAUUCCACUUGGGAUGACACAGAGAGCACCAGCAAAGAGCUUGAGGUCAUCAGGAUGGCCAGAAGAAGGAAACCAGCCAAGAAGCGACGAGGGAAGGGCUCCACAGAUUCCAGCAGCAGCAUCCAUAACUCUGUGUCCUCUGAUCACAUGGAAAUGGACAACAACAGUCUCCUGGCCUCGGAGGAUGUGGAUUCAUUAAACUGCACUGUAAUUCAGCUGGAUGGUGAAGUGGAAUUGAGGAGAAGCAGGGUAGGAUCAGAGGCUGUGGAGGAAGCCGAUGAGGAUGGGGUAGUGGCCCUCCUACGCCUUCCAAAGAUGACAGACACCUCCAUGGACAGUGUGGGCCAACCUCUCCGUGACGUCAUGGACCGGCUCAACGGGGCUCUGGAUAGGGAGGAGGCCUGGGAGCACCCAGAGGAGGAGGAGAAAAACAGUGAAGGCCGUGACCAGGGUCCCGAGCCCCCUGCUCAGCAGCCCUUUCGAGAGGAUUCAGGGGGCGAGCCCCCUGACCCAGCCCCAGGAGAGACGUCUUGCUCCCCUCUGGCCAGAGGCUCCAAGUUCCUGCAGGCCUCUCCUGCGCCUACGGACUUAUACUACUUUACCCCCAACAGUCCAGACUCUGCUCCCACAGGUGGUGGCUGCUAUGACUCUACAGAGCAUAGCCAAUCGCAGACUCUUUCAGGUGGCCUUGAAGAUGAAGGAGAGGCAAAAGUGCAAGCAGGACAGGGACCCGACAUGAAGAAUGAAGAGGAGGACGUACAAGGAGAGGAAGCAGACAGAAACACAUUUAGGGAGGAAGCACAACAACUACAAGAGGAGAAGCUUAGUCCCUCAGAAAGUUCUCACCCCGCGGAGUUUAAGGUGGACAAUAAUCACUUGCUUCUUCUCAUGAUCCAUGUGUUCAGAGAGAAUGAGGAGCAGCUCUUCAAGAUGGUGAGGAUGAGCACAGGCCACAUGGAGGGGGACCUGCAGCCCCUUUACCUGCUACUGACUGACUGUUACAUCUACCUGCUUAGGAAGGGUGCAGCAGAGAAGCCCUACACAGUGGAAGAUGCUGUUUCUUAUAAUGAGUUGGACUAUCUUUCAGUGGGCCUUGACCAACAGACGGUGACAGUGGUUUGCACCAACAGACGAAGAAAAUUCCUGUUGGAUACAGCUGAUGCCUCCCUGACUUUCUGGUUCCUGUCUGUUCUCAAGUCAGCCAUGGUGAAGGGCUGUCGUGAGCCUCCUUACCCUUCUGUUCUGACUGAUGCUACCAUGGAAAAACUGGCUCUCACUAAAUUUGUCUCCCAGGAGUCUCACUGUGAGGUAUCAGAGGUGUCAAUCCAACUCUAUUCACUGGUCCACUGGGAGGAUCCUAUGGACAUGACUGUAUCUCCCCAAGGUGGCCCACCAAGCUCUCAUGCACCCUCCAGCACCAAGGAAGGGACUCUGCAGUACCGAUCUGGAACCACCUACCUGGGCAAAGAGCUGUGGAAGAGCUGCUACCUUGUCCUCAGCAAUGGGAUUCUUUACCUGUAUGCAGAAAGAACUGAUGUGAUACCUCUGCUGUCAGUCACUAUGGGAGGAGAGCACUGUGGAGGCUGCCGUCGCUCAAACAGCACAGAGCGUCCCCAUGCCUUCCAAGUCAUCCUGACAGAGCGCCCCCCACUGGAGCUCAGCGCCAACAAUGAGCAGGACAUGGCGGAGUGGAUGCAGCUGCUCUGCCAGUCCGUCUCCAAAGGGGUCAUCCCUCAGGGUGUGGCCCCUACCCCAUGUAUCCCAUGCUGCCUGGUGGUGACAGACAGGAAGCUGCUAACUUGCCAUCAGGACUGUCAGACGAGCUUCUUCCGUUCGCUGGGCAGCGCUGACAUCUGUGAUGUCACUGCUGUCAGUCUCGAGGCCGACAAGGAGUACUGUGUGGUUGAGUUCGCGGCUGAUCGAGCCCAGUUCCUCCCUCCAUGGGUCUUGUACCUCAGCGGCUGUGAAGAGAGAGAUCGACUGCUGGAGGCAUUAGACAUCACAUGGAAAGCCAUUUUCCAGGUUGACCUUCCUCACAGAGAGGUGUCUGAUCCUUCGGUGCAGAAGCGUUGUAGUGAGGCCCUCGCCCUGAUGAAGAGCGCCUGGCAGAGGGCAGACAGUCUGGCCCGAGGCAGAUCUCAGCGUGAACCCUGGUGCUGACAGACACACACAUACAUGAAUGCGCGCCUGUGGGUAACCACAGAGACAAACAGAUGGUUUAAACAACCUGACAUAUUUCUGUGAUAGUGUGAGAAAGAGAUUUGGAUAUCACGGUCUGUGUUACUGCAAACCACUGAGUUCUAAGCUGACAGAUAAACCAAUCAGAUGUGGUGUCAGCCUGUGAUGAACUAAUUUACUGAUGAAAUGUUCCCAUCAGAGAAACGUCCUGCAGAAGUAGCAAUGCAUAUGGCACAUCACAUCGCAAAGAUGCAGCAGUGAGACAUUCGCACUUGAAAUGAAUUGAAAUGAACGAACCUCCAGUAGAGUUAUUUGAUCCUGGUGAUACAUUACCAUUAUUCCUUUGUUAGGGGCUCUUCAAACAUAGCUGCAGUGUAGAAAAAAAUAUACUUCAUCAGGGAAGUCAGAUGUGAUACAGAGUGCUCUCAAUGGAAAAAAAAGCUCUGCAGGAAAUGGUGACAGAUAAAUGUACAACGCACAUACACUAGUUGUGUCAUGAGAACACUUUGAAAACAACCUUCAGUACAUCAUGGACUCAAACAUAGCCUGAUUAACUGAGUCAUUUUUACUUUUAGGAUUUUGUCUCCACAAGUAAACGUGAAACGGUUUACCUCAGUGGAUAAUCCAUCUGAAAACGAACACUUAAGUAAGGAUUUCCUCUUAUAACCCUUGACUAUGAGUCAGGGAUAAACUACAUAUUUAUUACAUUGAGAAAGCUGAGUGGGAAGGAAGACAAUGAUCCGUUACUAGUAGCUUCCCUGUAUAGUGAGAUAAGAGAAUUACUAAUUGUUUCUUUAACAAACCGGUAUGGAUACUUCUUGUGAUAUAUUUUGGACCCCACUGUAUCAAGAAAGCCAUAAAUGAAGGGGGCAGUUGCUGCUUGUUUUCCAUGUGGGAAAAUGUCACACUCCUUGCCUUUCACACUCACAAUAUAUACAUAUGUAUAUAUCAGUAACGCUCUCUACUUGCACAACUCACAAAACUGUGAUGUGAUGAUCAAAGUCACUCCUGGCUUACUAAGAGUUGGAAGAUGUUAUACUGUACCCUAACUGUGGUAUGAUUAUAGAGCAAAUGUACAUUAUUGUAAAGUAUCAGCGCAUAAUUCAUCAUUGAUGGUUGUGUAUGUGUCUGACAUUCAGUUUUGGUUUGUCUAAGGGCACAUACCUCUUCACCGGAUUAUUCUCACAUCCAUGUUGUACGUUAGCCCAAGAGAAUGAGCAUCUCAAAAUGAAGUAUGCCUGGAUAGUUAACAGUUGCACUCUUACGUGACAUGCUCAUGCCUGUGUCGUUUAUCUUACUGAUGUAAAUGUUGUCACUCAGAUAAAAAAAAAAGAAGAAAAAAAAACCUAUCAGGAAACGCAGCAGACUUGCCUUUUUCUCCACUCUCUCGACACGAGCGGAGGCUUCCCUGCACAUUGUUUUUGCUGAUGGUCUUUUUUUUUUUAAUGGUACCAAUUGUAGCUUUGUGUUAUAAUAUAACAUUCUGUUUUAUUUCCAUUUUAGGUAAAAGUGGGAACAGUUGAUAUUAAAUUAUUCAGUAGAGCGGUGACAUUGUCUUGGUAUUGACGUGGUAUUGUGCCUGCGUUAGCAGAUGUGGACUUCUUUAGUGUGGGUAGACAUCAUGUAAGAUAUUACGGACUGUGUGAAGAAUCCUUCACUGACUGAGAGCUACAAGUUGUCUUAGCUUCUGGUUUUUAUUUUACACCAGUGGUUGGUGGCAUCAACAGUAAGCUUUGGCCACUCUACUUGGUAGAAGACCCUGGAUUAGAACAUCCUCUUCUAAGCUAGAUAUCACUUUGUGGUGGAGGACUGUGUUUGAGGUGCAGAAAAUCCCCUAAAUAGCCUUUCAACUUAGAGCAGGUUUAGCACUUAUUCUUAGCAGAUCAUUGCUUUGUAUCAAAUAUUAAAGCUUAAGAAUUAGAAACUCCUACAUUAACCCUUCAAAUUAUAGUCAGUGGGUGGUAGCGCGGAUGUUACCAUCUGUCCUUAACAUUAACAUUGAUUAGAGUGAUACUGCUUUUUUUUCUGUAAUGACAGUGUUGCCUUUUUGACAGCCUUGACUGAACUGGAUGAAAUGGCAAUUUUGUUUAAAUGAAGCACUAUUUUUCUGUUUAGUAGUUGCCUUACACUGUACAGUUUGGCUGACUGCAUUGGAGAACUCUAACAAUCGUCUUAGUUUAUGAUGUGGAUUUAGGGCAGGUCAGAAGUGUGCUGUAUGUAUGGGACGGGAAUCAAACCUUAAUGCUCUGAGUGCAGACAUUAUGGUGUCUCUGCCAAAUGUUGCAUUUUUAGCAAAGUAAGGUAUUUAUUAAAAAAAACUGUCCUGGUAAAAAUACCAAAAUUUAGGCACUGAACAGGCACCAGUAUAUAAAAACGUUCACAUGAUACCCAGUUCUCUACAUACAGUGUGUCACUUGCUUGCAUAUGUUUGUACAAACGUCUGUCUUUCUCAGUCACCCCGUGUAACCUUUACGUCAGCAUUACUCAGUGCUUCAAGCCUUUCUAAGUGCCACUUGGUCUCGCUUAUCUUCUGCUCUUUUACCAAGAAAUCUAAUCUCAGGUGAAAAAGGUACUUCACAAUCAAAACCUUAAGAGUCACCGUGCAUUUUUUUUUUAAAUUGCUGCUUUUUUGUCUAAUUCAGUAUUUUUUAUAUCUGUUUUUCUACUUUGGUUCCUCCCAUGUUCCAUGCAGCAUUAUGAAGUUAUUUUGCGCACACAGAGAAGACUGCAAAGUGAAACCAAUUGGUGGAAAAAGGUUUUAUGUAGAAGUCCUUUAAUAAUUCAGUGGGUUCCAAAAUAGGAUUGGUUGGCUGUGUAUUUGAAAUCCUCCCUCUCCCCCCUCCAGUGGAUUACUUAAGGACUUUUUGACCUGGGAGAGAACAGUUGCAAUAGUUGGAUUUACUUGAAAUGUUUUUUGGAUUAUCAGUUUAAAAAAAGUGCUUAGAGUUCUGACCCAUGAAGUGUAUAUAAAGAAGAGUUUCUGAGCAGUGUUUUGAAUGUGGGACAUUGCUGGCCAAUGAUGGUUGACAUCUUUUGAGUGAUGCAUUGUGAAAAAGCGCCUCUUGAUUUUGUUCAUAAAUGUAUACUGCAUGUAAUAUUUAUGUUAUGUUUAGUAGUGUUAUUGAAUUGUAAAUAGAGCACUAAUCAAGUAUAACAUACUGUAAACUCACACAUACAGUAAAGACGUGCAUGUCCAGAUGGUUUUAUACUGUUCAUAAUGGUAAUGAAUGUACAAAUAAACCUUUGUGAUUGGACAGCAUAACUGAAUAAAAUGGCUCCUGUGGCGAUA